GUAAAAGUGUACAUUUAAAGCCUCGUGGAGAUGAAAGAAAACCAUCAGAUUUAAAUGGACUGUUAAAAGCAUUAACAUGUAUAUUAACUUGCAUCAAAGGUUUACACAAUAUAAAGCUUUAUCCAUUAAUGCAUAGAGACAUCAGAUGGCCAAACAUAAUUUUACAUAAUGAAAUAUAUAUUUUAAUUGGCUUUGAAUUUGCAGGAUUUGCUCCACAAGAAGCUUUAAAUCAGCUCAAGGAAAAUGAACAUGCACAUGAAGUAGUGAGGGGUAGGCAUGAUGAAAAAGCUGACUUAUGGAUCAUUGGACAUUUGAUAUUUUCAAGCAACAUCCACAACAUCCCAACAGAUCUUUCCAAUCUAGCAUCAAACUAUAUGAAGAUGAUUCAG